UUCCUCGUGAAAUUCUACAUCUAGUAGAUCAUGAACCAACCAAAAUUAACGAGGGCCCAAAACUGACCCUUAUACGCCCCCAUCCUUUCUCUAGGAAGGCAGAAGCUCAAUGAAUCCCAAGCUAAAACUAAAUCAUAUUAUCGUCUGAUGAAUUAUUUAGCUAUUGUGUCCAGAUAUAAAAACCGUUUUCUAAUUCUUGAUUUGACAGUUUUUUCAUCUAUUUGUGUCUGACAUUCCUUACACAAACCUAUUAGACCCCUACCGUUAGUGUUUAUUAAAUAAAUCUUGAGACUUCGAAGCGACACUUCAUCCAGUCUUUUGUCCUAAAAGGAGUAAAGACGGAUGAUGUUUAUUUUCUUGCUUGUCAAACAUUCUUAGCUUCACUUGAAUUUCUUGAGAUAAGUACAAGUUAAGAUCGUGAAACGAAUUCUUUGUUGUUUUGUGAAAUUAUCAAUCACUCUGUAGUAACUUUACUCCAUGUUUUCCAUAAUCGCUUCUUUAUUUUCUUUCUUCUUUUCUCACCUCGUUUUAUUUCUUCCUAUAAUGCAAGUAUGCUCUCCAAUUAUAUUCCAUCGAAUCUCAAAAUAAUUCUUGUGCUCACUGUAAAUUUCUUGUAUUCUUUCCAAUCUAUAUUCUAUUAUUAGUAGGUACCAUUGCUAAUAUUCAUAAUAUCGAUGUUAAUCCAAAAUGGAUACAAGAAGGCAUCACCGUGGCUGGAGGUAAUGGAUUCGGCAAUGCGUUGAACCAACUAUGGGAUCCGAACGGUCUGUGUAUUGAUGACAAUAAUCAAGUUAUUUAUACUGCCGACAGCGACAACCAUCGUAUUAUGGAAUGGAAGUUUGAUGCGACCAGCGGUACAGUCGUUGCGGGUGGGAAUAAACGAGGAAAUCAACGCAAUCAAUUGAGCUUUCCAAGAAAUGUAAUUAUUGAUCAACAAAGUGAUAGUCUAAUUAUAUGUGAUUGGGGAAACAAACGAGUGGUAAGAUGGUCUUGUCGAUGUGGUACAAACGGAGAAACGAUAAUUUCAAACAUUGAAUCUUGUGGUGGUUUGGCUAUAGACAAUAAUGGAUCUAUCUACAUCUCUGAUUUUAAUAAAGGUGAAGUCCGACGAUAUGAAAUAGGAGAGACUUAUGGCACAGUAGUUGCAGGUGGUAACGGAGAAGGCAAUCAGCUCAAUCAACUCAACGGUCCUACCUACAUAUUUGUUGAUCAGAAUCAUGCAGUCUAUGUAUCGGACAAGGAUAACCAUCGUAUAAUGAAAUGGGACAAAGGGGCAACUGAAGGUGCUCUUGUCGCUGGUGGCCAUGGUAAAGGUGAUGAUCUUACACAAUUAAAAUAUCCUUAUGGAGUAUUUGUUGAUCGUUUGGGUACUCUCUACGUAGCUGAUUCCUGGAAUAAUCGAAUAAUGCGUUGGCCUAAAGGUUCUACACGAGGUGAAAUCAUUGUUGGUGGCAAUGGUAUUGGAGAACAAGCAAACCAACUGAAUUAUCCUAUCAGCUUAUCAUUUGAUCGACAAAGCAAUAUGUAUGUUGUCGACCAAGCAAAUCAUCGUAUACAAAAAUUCCAGAUCGAUAUGUCAAGUUCAUCUUGA